GUUACCCAGGCCUACGCGUCGCAACCUCCCGCCCCCACACACCCCGCGCGCGCACCACCCACAUCCACAAUGCCUGGCGGUCCAGCAGCCUCCGGCCCUGGCAUCGGCGCAGCCGCGCCGAAAACCAACAUCGUCGGUAUCGCCAUGGUCGCCUUCGCCGCCUUCGGUGGUGUCCUCUACGGCUACGAUACCGGCACCAUCUCCGGUAUCAUUGCAAUGGACGACUGGCUGAGGACCUUUGGCCAGCCGACUGCGGUAACUGCAACGAACCCCUCGGGCUUCUUUUUGUCCACUCCGAACCAGUCUCUUGUCGUCUCCAUCCUCUCCGCCGGUACCUUCUUUGGCGCUCUCUUUGGCGCGCCCACCGCUGACAUUAUCGGUCGCCGCACGGGCAUCAUCGCGUCCUGCAGUGUGUUCUGCCUCGGUAUCGCCCUCCAGACUGGCGCCAGCAACUGGGCCACAUUCAUCGUCGGCCGUUUCUUUGCCGGCUUCGGUGUCGGCCUCAUCUCGACCCUCAUCCCCAUGUACCAGUCCGAGUGCUCGCCCAAGUGGAUUCGUGGCGCCGUGGUGUCCGGGUACCAGUGGGCAAUUACCAUUGGUAUCCUGCUCGCCGCAGUAAUCAACAACGCUACCAAGGAUCGCCAGAACCACUCGGCUUGGCGGAUCCCCAUCUCCAUCCAGUUCGUGUGGGCGUUCAUCCUCUUCGUGGGCAUGUUUUGGCUCCCUGAGACCCCUCGCUGGCUAAUCAAGCAGGGUCGACGUGACGACGCUGCCCGAUCUCUGUCUCGUCUGACCCAGCUGCCUAUCGAUGAUCCCGAGGUCCAACUUGAGCUCGAGGAUAUCGCUGCCGCACUGAAGGAAGAGGAGGAGAUUGGUGAGAGCUCGUACCUCGACUGCUUCAAGUUCACACACAACAAGAUUUUCCUCCGCACCAUGUCCGGUAUCCUCAUUCAGGCGUGGCAGCAGCUCACUGGCAUCAACUUCAUCUUCUACUACGGCACGACCUUCUUCCAGAACUCCGGCAUCAAGAACCCCUUCCUGGUUUCGGUCGCGACCAACAUCGUCAACGUCUUCAUGACCCUGCCGGGCAUGUGGGGCGUCGAGCGGUUCGGCCGCCGCUACCUCCUCAUCUACGGCGCCGCCGUCAUGUGCAUCUGCGAGUACCUCGUGGCCAUCAUCGGCGUCACCAUCUCCGUCGAAAACCAGUCCGGCCAGAAGGCGCUCAUCGCGCUCGUCUGCAUCUACAUCGCCGCUUUCGCCUCCACCUGGGGCCCCAUCGCCUGGGUCAUCACCGGCGAGAUCUUCCCGCUCAACAUCCGCGCCAAGGCGAUGUCGCUCUCCGUCGCGUCGAACUGGCUCUGGAACUGGGCCAUCGCGUUCGCGACGCCCUACCUCGUCAACGUCGGCCCCGGCGACGCCGGCCUCGGUGUCAAGGUGUUCUUCAUCUGGGGCUCGACGUGUUUGGGCUGCGUGAUCUUCACCUACUUCUGCAUCCCCGAGACCAAGGGCCUGUCGCUCGAGCAGAUCGACAUCCUCUACGAGAACUCGACGCCGCUCACGAGCGUCAAGUACCGUCGCGAGCUGAUUGCGCAGAACGUCCACGUCUCCAACCUCAAGGGCGGUGGCGCUGGGGAGGACGAAAAGGACGUGAAUGAGAAGGUCUGAGCGAGUUGUUCGUAUAGGGUUCCGGUACACACGAUAUAACGUACCUUCGUGCGCAUGUUUUGUAAUGUCCUUGAAUGUUAAUGAUGAUAGUCCCAGAACGGACGUUUCGGGUUCAC